AUGGCAUUUCCUGCCGUAGCAGCUGCUCCUGUUGCUUCCAAAGCAAGUGCGGCAAUUCCACCCGCUUCUGUCCCUGCCUUAGCAAUACAGUUUAUACAAAAACGAACAUUUUACCACGAGACAAGCCCCGGGGAACCAUUAAUGGCUAGUUUAGAAAAAUUUGCGCGGGACACGCAGAUUGCGGAGGGACCAUUAGAAUUACUAAAUGCUGACGGAUGCUUGGCUUGGGACCACGCUGACCCUACUCAACCAGCCGUGCAUUUACACGCUACUUUUAUUGACAACGAACUGGAAAAAGCUUUUGGUGGACAUUUAAUAGAAGCCCAAUCGGUGGGUUUGACUGCCGAAAUAAAAGUAGUGGUUUUAAGUAAAGAAAAAAUUACUCGUAAAUUAGAUGAAAGGGUGAACGUAAAAUUAUUAAAUCUUCCUCCUUAUUCCGCCGAAAAAUACGAAGAACCCCAACCAAAUAAUACAAAUAAACCUGAAGAAGAUAUAUUGAGAUUUGGUGAAUUAUCUCUUCAUCAACGUGAAAAGCAAAAGAUUAAUAUUAAACAUAAUCAAGCCUGGGUGGUAUGUGGAGGCAAAGAUUGUAAUAAAACUUUGCUAGUUGAGAAAGAAGGAGAAAAGGCCGAAGACGAAAAUAAUUAUUAUUUACAGGUUGAACUGCCCGGAGUGGGUCGAGAUAAUAUUAAAGCAAAUAAAAUGAACGAUCACAAAAGAUUAAACGCCCAAGCCAGCAACUACGAACAAUUGGCUACGGAAAACCGAGUUUUUCAAGAAUUAAGAGAAAUUAAAAACGAAAUCAAAGAAGUGAAAAAAUUCCUCAUUAUUAAUAGCCUGCGCCACUUAGUCAACAACUACGAAAAAAUUACCCAAGCCAAACAGGCAAAAUUAGCCAAAGAUUGA